AUGACGACCGAAGCGCCCCACGAACUGCGCGCCGUAGGCAACACAAGCACCGAAGACGCUUCAUCCAUCGACAUCGAGAAGACCGCCGCGCAGGGCGGCCCCCAACAACAGAGCACCCGCCGCUCAAAGAUUGGUGUUUGCUUUGACAUCUCUCGGGUCGUAGUAAUCAUCUUGUUGUUGGUGUUAUUCGCAUUCGUCACGGCCACCGCCGUGGGCCACAUCAUGGACGCGCGCGCGGCUCGACAGUGA